AUGAUGCGUUUCAACACCUCUUUGCUUGUUAUUGUCAUUGCACUCGUUGCUUUGCUUGCCUCUUCUUGCUUGGCUCAACAAUGCAAGAAUCGCAAUCCUUUUGCUGAUCCAGCUCCUUGCCCUUCGUGUACUUUCUGUACAGCCACAAAAUCCUCUUCAUGCUGCACUGCUGCUGAAGAUUCUGCUGCUUCACUUGGUGCUGCCUUUGCUCAAUUGAUUUCCACUGGUUGUUAUGAUCUCAUGAAAAUGGGUGCUUGUGCCAUUUGUGAUCCAAAGAAUCAACAAUAUGUGGUGAAUGGAACAUUGGUGGUGUGUAAGAGUGCUUGUCAAAGAGCGACAAGUGCUUGUGGAGGUGCAACCAGUGCUUGUGAUUCAAUGCCAACUACUGAUUGUUGGAGUGGAGCUGUUGUUCAAAAGAUGACAGGUUUUGUCGUUGUCGCUGCCAUGAUGACUGCUGCAAUUUUCUUGUUGUAA